AUGAGCCGGAGCGGCGGAGCCCGGCUGCCCCCGGCCGCGCUCACCGGCCCGGGACGCUUCCGCAUGGCCCGCGAGGAGCCGGCGCCGGCAGCGGUGGCGGCGGCCGGGCAGCCCGGGGGCGACAGGGGCGGCGAACGCGAGCGGGCGCUGCAGGGGCCGGGGGUCGCCCGCAGGGGGCGGCCGUCGCUGAGCCGCGCUAAACUGCACGGGCUGCGGCACAUGUGCGCCGGGCGCACGGCGGCGGGGGGCUCCUUCCAGCGGCGGGCGCUGUGGGUGCUGGCCUUCUGCACGUCCCUCGGCUUGCUGCUGUCCUGGUCCUCGAACCGCCUGCUCUACUGGCUCAGCUUCCCGUCGCACACGCGGGUGCACCGCGAGUGGAGCCGCCAGCUGCCCUUCCCCGCCGUCACCGUGUGCAACAACAACCCCCUGCGCUUCCCGCGCCUCUCCAAGGGGGACCUCUACUACGCCGGCCACUGGCUCGGGCUGCUGCUGCCCAACCGCACCGCACGCCCGCUGGUCAGCGAGCUGCUGCGGGGCGACGAGCCGCGCCGCCAGUGGUUCCGCAAGCUGGCCGACUUCCGCCUCUUCCUGCCGCCGCGCCACUUCGAGGGCAUCAGCGCCGCCUUCAUGGACCGCCUGGGCCACCAGCUCGAGGACAUGCUGCUCUCCUGCAAGUACCGGGGCGAGCUCUGCGGGCCGCACAACUUCUCCUCCGUGUUUACAAAAUAUGGGAAGUGUUACAUGUUUAACUCAGGCGAGGAUGGAAAACCUCUGCUCACCACGGUCAAGGGCGGGACAGGCAACGGGCUGGAGAUCAUGCUGGACAUUCAGCAAGAUGAGUACCUGCCCAUCUGGGGAGAGACAGAGGAAACGACGUUUGAAGCAGGAGUGAAAGUUCAGAUCCACAGUCAGUCUGAGCCGCCUUUCAUCCAAGAGCUGGGCUUUGGGGUGGCUCCAGGGUUCCAGACUUUCGUGGCCACCCAGGAGCAGAGGCUCACGUACCUGCCCCCACCGUGGGGUGAGUGCCGAUCCUCAGAGAUGGGACUCGACUUCUUUCCUGUUUACAGCAUCACCGCCUGUCGGAUUGACUGUGAGACGCGCUACAUCGUGGAGAACUGCAACUGUCGUAUGGUGCACAUGCCAGGGGACGCCCCUUUCUGUACCCCUGAGCAGCACAAGGAGUGCGCAGAGCCUGCUCUAGGUCUGCUGGCGGAGAAGGACAGUAAUUACUGUCUCUGCAGGACUCCCUGCAACCUGACCCGCUACAACAAAGAGCUGUCCAUGGUGAAGAUCCCCAGCAAGACGUCAGCCAAGUACCUCGAGAAGAAAUUUAACAAAUCAGAAAAAUAUAUCUCAGAGAACAUCCUCGUUCUGGAUAUAUUUUUUGAGGCGCUCAAUUAUGAGACGAUUGAACAGAAGAAGGCAUAUGAAGUUGCUGCCUUACUCGGUGAUAUUGGUGGUCAGAUGGGAUUGUUUAUUGGUGCUAGUAUCCUUACAAUACUAGAGCUCUUUGAUUAUAUUUACGAGCUGAUCAAAGAGAAGCUCUUAGAUUUGCUUGGUAAAGAAGAGGACGAAGGGAGCCACGAUGAGAACGUGAGCACUUGUGACACGAUGCCAAACCACUCUGAAACCAUCAGCCACACUGUGAAUGUGCCCCUGCAGACAGCCCUGGGGACCUUGGAGGAGAUUGCCUGCUGACAGCCCGUGGACCACCCGGCACCCCCCCAACCCCAAACAGACCUUGAGGCCCAAGACCCAGGACAGGGGACAGCAGGCUCAGGUGGGAUGGCCCCUGAUGACAGAAAGAAGUAAGAGCCCCCUAUGCACACAUAGCAAACUAUCUGCCAAAACCUCGCUGCGGCCACGCGUGCCACGACGCGUCCUCGGGCCCUGCCGUGCCUCCCUCUUAGGAGAAAAGAGUCACACUCUGGAACUGUCCGAGAACCAACCUGCCAUCAAUCACAUCUCACUGCCAGAUGUAUAAAGCACCUGCAUGCUCAGACUGCUCACGGCGCCACCUCCACGUCCAUCUCUGUACAUGACUCUCCUCCAUGCGCUUUCCACCGGCCACCCUGAAGCCGUGCAGUGGGACCAGGUUCCAGCCUCAAAGUCACCCCGUGGCCAUGCUGGAAUCACAACUGCACGGCCAAGAGGAAACGCGCGGAACUCUCAGCCACGUCUGGUCCCUGUGUAGUUUGUGAAGGUUCUUUACAAACCCCUUUCCCCGAGCUGGCCCGUGGGCUGACUGGGGCCACCCCCACCCCUAUCCCAGCACCCGGUGGAGACAGGGUGGCCUGGGCAACUCCAGUGCUCAUCCAAGGGACCCGCGUCAUUCUGCUGUCCCCGUGACCUGGCUUGUACAGUCCGAUUCUGUUUCUUUGGGGGGCUUGUUUUGUCUGUCUGAGAUCUGUUUCGUUUGUUUCGUUUUCUAGAUUUGGGUUUUGAUGUUCUGAGGUUUGGUUUGAUUUGGUUUUUCCAUUUUCUCUGGCGUUUAUUUAUUCGUGCUUCCAGUCACGGUCAUAUUAAAAGCUGGUCUUGUGGAAACA